AUGUUCCCAAUCGCACAGGCAGCUCUUCUUUUCCUGUCGGGCGAUAGUGACGUGGUGUCGCAAGCUUUCCAGGAUGUGGAAGGCAUUGAACUAUUGUCGCCGGCUUUCACUACGCCUGACUCACUCCCUCCCGGGUGGGCAAACGGCACGUCUGGUCCAACUUCAGACGCGGUCCUCCAAUCCUUCUACCAAUCGAUAGCCGCACGCAACGACUGGUUAACGUACCAGCCGGGAGAGUUCCUUUCCGAAGAAGGUCGCGCAAUCCCAUAUUUGUUCCUCGCAGAGUCGGCGGGAAGUGCUGCCAGGAAUGACACCAAGCUCCAAGUCUACAUCCAAGCGGCCAUCCAUGGCGACGAGCCCGCCGGUGACCAAGCCGUGGCUGCACUCAUCGGCAAGAUGGACCGGAACCAGACGUGGACUGCCUCUCUCCUCGAGCGCAUCAGCAUCAAGAUCCUACCGCGUUACAACCCAGACGGAGUCGCUUACUUCCAACACCAGCUCGCCUCGAGCCUAGACGGCAACAGGGAUCACAUCAAGCUGGACCGACAGCAGUCCCGCGACAUCAAGCAGACCUUCAUGGAUUACAUCCCGCACAUUUCCGUCGACAUGCACGAAUUCGUCGGCCCGACCGUCUACGCCGGAGACUACCACAUCGCCGCGGAUGCCAUGAUCAGCGGAGGCGUCAACCCCAACAUCCACCCGGACAUCCGCGCCCUGCUCCUCGACAACUUCAUCCCGCACAUGGGCGACAAGCUCGCGGUCUUCGGCCUCCGCUGGGAACCCUAUGUCAUCGGCGCAUCCGACGGUUCGAGGAUCGUGCUCGCCGAAGCAGAGACCCCAGCUCGCACGGGGAGGAACGCCUACGGCUUGACCCAGACCGUGUCGUUCCUGUGCGAAAUGCGCGGCAUCAUGCUCGCAGAGCAACACUUCCAACGACGCGUGUCGACGGGGCUUCUGCAGCUCGAGGCCAUCCUCGAGACCGCCCGCAACGACUUCGCGAACGUCUACACCACCAUCGAGCGCGCCCGUCGAGAGUUCAUCAACUCGACCGAAGACAUCGUGGUGACCGACUCGCCCACGCUCCAGAACCGCACCUUCACAAUGAUCGACAGGAACAACGGCAGCGUCCUGCAAGUCCCCGUCGACUUCUACGGCACAACCCCCUCCGUCGCCAACCUCACCCGCCCCCGUCCAGAGGCAUACCUGCUCCCCCGCACCUACUCCUCCCUAGCCUCCCUCCUUCGCACCCAAGGCCUCGAAAUCUCGACUCUAGACCACGCCUUCCACGGCCCAGUCGAAGCCCUCCGCAUCACCUCGUCCAGCCUAUCCGACACGCUCUACGAAGGCCACGUCCGCCACACGGUGACGACGUCCCAGCGCGAGAGGGAGGUCCAUCUUCCCGCCGGCAGUUUUCUCGUGAGUACCCGCCAGCAGAACGCCGCGUUGGCGUUUGUGGCGCUGGAGCCGGAGAAUGUCGAUUCGUUCGUGGCGUUUAAUCUCAUCCCUGUGGGUGUGGGGGAUGAGUAUCCUGUUUAUAGGGUUUUGGCGUAG